CAAACAAGAAACAAGCAAUAAACCACCUGCAUUGAUCAUGAACGCUAGCACUGAAGCUAAGUACCCUCUUCAUGAGGCUGCUCGAGAGGGAAAAGUCUCUACGGCCGAAUCUCUCUUAAGCGCAAAUCCCAAGCUUGCUGCCACCAAAGAUGACGACGAGCGUCUUCCCAUCCACUGGGCUGUAGCCUACAAUCACCUGCCUAUCGUGGAGCUUCUCAUCUCGAACAAGCACUUUGACCCCGACGUCGAGGAUGGAUCCGGCUGGACCCCCUUGAUGAUUGCAGCUAGCUUGAAAAACGCUGAAGGAGAUCUGAUCAUUGAUCUCCUGCUGAAGAAAGGCGCAGAUGUCAGCGUUAAGAGCUCAUCCGGACAGAAUGCCCUCCACUUUGCGACCUCUAAAGCCAAUCUUUCCACUGUCCGCACGCUGAUCGCCAACAAAUGCAGCGCUCGGGUCAAGGAUAGACGUGGCCAGCUCGCGCUUCAUCGGGCUGCGGCUAUCGGUUCCACGCCCAUCAUCAAAGUUCUACUCGAAGAUGGCAAGAGUCCGGUCAAUGCGACCGAUAUUGACGGGCUGACGGCGUUGCACCAUGCGAUCUCUGAGGGGCAUGGCGAUGCGGCGAUCACGCUACUCAAGGCCGGUGCGGAGGCAGACAAGAGAGAUUCCAGCGGGAUGCUGGCUAUCGAUAUGGCACCAGAUAGCAAGGUCCGAAGCUACAUCCUUCAAACGGCGGAGAGAGAGGGGAUCGAUUUAUAGGCUCGCAGCAUAAAGAUUCGGUGGGAUCAAAAAAUUGUCGGAGACCAACGGAUACUCAAUAAAUAAUUAGACUGGAUACCCGGAGUCUUUUCCAGACUCAAGACUGUUUCAAAAAUUCUUUUGAACAAGCGGACAUGCAUCACAUAACAUCGUCUAGAGCGAUCUA